AUGUCGCUUGCGCCAAACCUACCAGUCGAAGUUAUUUCCAGUUUUCGAGCUUUGGAUCGGGAUGGAGGUACUGCUGGUCAGUUAGCAUAUCGUAUUGUGCUUUCUAGCUCCGUCCUUGUACAUCUUCUUCAACUUGACCCCUUUACGGGCGAUCUACGCCCAGCAAUCACAUCUCAAUCAUUCGCCCCACCUAGUUUCCCCAGCCCAGAAUUGAGGGAACGAUCGACGGCCUCAGCUACAGGCAUUCCAAGCUGGAGCUGGUUAGAUGAGAUGGUUGAGGUUUGGGAGCAACAAGCGGAACAGAUUUCCGCUGGGUGUCAGUCCAUGAUGGGGGAGACCGGCCAACUUGAUGGAAUGGUGAACUGGGAAGACGGUGAAAAGAUGCAGGAAACGGAGGAUUCUCGGAAAAUACGUUGGAAUUCGAAACAGAUGUCUUUUCCUUCGGCUUCUAUUAGACCAAACUCAAGCAGAAGCCCGAGAAUACCGCGCAACCUGGCAGACAAAGCUGAGAGAUAUUCUAAUUUUGGAACGUUUAAGACAGCAUAUGACUCAAUGGAAGCAAGUUUAAAGAGCUCAGAAACCAAGGAUGGUGCUUGGAGGAGUAUAAAGUUUCUUGUGGAGGCAAGGUAA